UAAGACCGACCUUUAUCGCCCCAAAAUUCGCAGUAAAACAACACUUAGAUCUGACAUCAACGUUACCAUAUAAUUGUUUUUUCUUAAGGUCAUUUUUUUCCUUAAGGUCAAAUCCCCCCACUCAGGGAAUGUCUUUGCCAAAGUCAACCGAGUGAACGUGCUGGUGUCAUACUGAACUGUUUAAGUCUUUGCUAUUAGAAUAUAUGUUAAUGAGAGGCAGAGUAUCAGAUACGUCUUUACAUUUUCAGUGACAAAAUGAACACCCACAGCCUCCUGGUUCUGUACGGAAGUCAGACAGGGACAGCGCAGGACACAGCCGAGCGAAUCGGUCGUCAAGCACAAAGGCGGCGGAUGAGAGUCAAAGUGGAAGCCCUGGACACUUACAAUGUGGUCAACCUUAUCUCAGAGUCUCUGGUUGUGUUCGUCUGUGCCACAACUGGACAGGGUGACCCGCCAGACAAUAUGAAGAAAUUUUGGAGAUUCCUGUUCAGAAAGUCAUUGCCUGCUGAUUCUCUUUGUCGUCUUGACUGUGCUGUUUUGGGCCUUGGAGACUCCUCCUAUCCAAAGUUCAACUUUGUUGCUAAGAAGCUCUAUAAGCGUUUGCUUCAGCUUGGAGCUAAUAUGCUGGUGCAUAUUGGGCUGGCCGACGAUCAGCACGAUCUGGGGCCAGAUGGUGUGAUUGAUCCCUGGUUGGUUUCGUUUUGGCAGAAAACCCUGUCUCUCUACCCACCUCCAACUGGCCUCGUUCCACUCCGCGAAGAAGACAAACUUCCACCUCGAUACGUUUUCCACAUCCUCGAUGAAGUCCCAAACAAGCAGGUUGAGCAUUUCCAGAGACCCGACAACGACGCCCCUCCCACCUCACUUCAGCCUUUCCCAGCUCGAGUGGUUUUCAAUGAGAGAGUGACUCAUCCUUCACACUUUCAGGAUGUGAGGCAUAUUGAGUUUGACAUCACAGGCUCUAACAUCCAGUAUAGUGCAGGCGAUGUUGUAAUGAUGAGACCCUGUAAUGCUCCAGAGGACGUGGAGCAGUUCUGCCAACUGUUAAGACUUGAUCCUGAGUGCUACUUUACGUUAACCCCAACUGACAGCAGCAUAGCAAUGGUUCCUGCACGACUGCCUCAGCCCUGCUCCAUUCGCUUUCUGGUGGAGCAGUUUCUGGACAUUUCUGCUGUUCCACGUCGCUCCUUCUUUGAGCUGUUGGCCACUUUUGCCACUAAUGAGUUGGAGCGUGAAAAACUGCUGGAGUUCAGCUCAGCUCCAGGUCAGGACGCUCUUCACGCUUACUGCAACCGGCCCCGUCGAACAGCCCUGGAGGUGUUGGCAGACUUUCCUCAUACCACAGCUGAGCUGAGUGUUGACUACCUAUUGGAUCUUUUUCCUGAAAUUCAACCUCGUUCAUUUUCCAUUGCUUCUUCACUCUUGGUACAUCCUAACCGUAUCCAGAUCUUACUUGCAGUGGUAAGAUAUAAAACCAAGCUUUUCAAGCCACGCAAGGGUCUCUGCUCUUCCUGGUUGGCAUCUCUAGACCCUUCUAAAGGAGAGAUUUACGUACCCCUGUGGGUUAAGAAAGGAAGUUUAAAGUUUCCUAAGGACCAAAACACCCCUGUGAUAAUGGUGGGACCAGGGACAGGUGUGGCUCCCUUCAGAUCAGCCAUAGAGGAGAGGGCUGCUGAAGGAAAGAUGGCUAACGUCCUGUUCUUUGGCUGUCGAUCUGAGACAAAAGACUUCUACUGUCAAUCAGAAUGGGAAAAGAAGGUGCAGGCCGGACAGAUGACCCUCUUCACAGCCUUCUCUAGAGACCAGGAGGAUAAAAUCUAUGUGCAGCAUCGUGUAAAGGAACAAAGUAAACUUUUAUGGGACCUGAUAGCAAAUAAGAAUGCCAACUUCUACAUAGCAGGGAAUGCCAAGCAGAUGCCCACAGGUGUAUGCGAUGCCCUCAAGGAAAUGUUUCAGAAAGAUGGUGGCAUGUCUGAAAGCCAGGCGCAGGAAAUGCUGGACACAAUGGAGAAAGUCGGGCGUUUUCAGAGUGAAACCUGGUCCUGAUCUCUCCUUACACCCCCUUCAUUGGCUCAAUAGCCAGCAUGGACGAAAGCUUGAAUGGUGCUGUGCUUUGAUUCUAUUUAAAAGGACUUGGAGUUUCCAAACUGCCUUAUAUAGUAUAGCUGCAUAUGCAACUUAGGUAUUUAAAAAGUUUAAAUUAAUGCAAGACCAAGAAUUGUAUUUAAAAGAAUUGUUCAGCCCAAAAUGAAAAUGACCGAAUGAUUUACUCACCCUCAAGCCAUCCAUUAACUGAUUACAUCUGUUAUCUUUUUUGUUUUUGACGAACUUGAGAUAUCUUAGAAAAUGUCGUGGCUGUUCCAAGCUUUAUAAUGGUAGUAAAUUGUGCUUUUGAUUUGAAGCCUAAAGAAGUCCAUCCAUCCUUCACAGAAGUAAUCCACAUGGCUCCAGUGGGUUAAUAAAGGCCUUCUGAGGGCAAUCAAUGUGAUUUUUUUUAAGAAAAUGUCAAUAUGUAAAACAAACCAAAAUGACUAGCUUUUAGCAACCGUUGACCCACAUUCACAAGAGAGCGCAUUUCGUCUCGUCUCAUACACUACAUCCUACAGCAUUUAUUAACCCAUUGGAGCCAUGUGGAUUACUUCUGUGAAGGAUGGAUGGACUUUUUUGGGCUUCAAAUCAAAAGCACCAUUUACUACAAUUAUAAAGCUUUGAACAGCCAGGAUAUUUUCUAAUAUAACUAUGAUUGUAUAUAAUUAUCUUUAACAAGACAAACACAUCGAGGAUGGCUUGAGUGUGAGUAAAUCAUGGGGUCCUUUUCAUUAUUUAGCUGAAUUAUUCCUUUAAUAUUAAUAAUACACCACAGAUGAACAUGGUUAUAGUCAUUAAAAAUUAUAGGAAUAAAAAUAAAUCUUUACUGAAAUGGAG